AUGGUGUCUCUCUCAAGGGUUGCUUUCGUCACCUUCGGGGUGAUUCAUGGGGCUAAUGCAUGGGGUGCAUUAGGUCAUGCCACUGUAGCCUACGUUGCACAACAUUACAUGUCUCAUGAAGCCGCCAAAUGGGCCAAAACAGUCCUCAAUGACACUUCCGACUCAUACCUAGCAAACAUUGCUUCUUGGGCAGACAAAUACCGCCUCACAGAUGAGGGUAAAUGGUCAGCCCCAUUGCACUACAUCGAUGCCAUGGAUGACCCGCCAACAACCUGCAAUGUGGACUUUGAGCGCGACUGUCCAGCUGAAGGCUGCUCAAUCUCCGCCAUUGCCAAUUACACUCAGCGUGUAGGCAAUCGCAAACUGAGCAACCCCGAAACCGCCGAAGCUCUUAGAUUCCUCGUGCACAUCAUUGGUGAUCUCACUCAGCCACUGCACGACGAGAACUAUGAGGUUGGCGGAAAUGGUAUCAAGGUUACUUUCGACAACUACACUGACAAUCUUCAUUCCGAUUGGGAUACGUACAUGCCUGCAAAGUUGGUUGGCGGUAGCUCGCUCAAAGAUGCACAGGGAUGGGCCGAAAGCUUGGUCCAUGAGAUUAAGGCCGGCGCCUACAAGAAGCAAGCUAAGAAAUGGACCAAAGGCGACGACAUCAGUCAUACUGUCAAGACUGCCACUCGAUGGGCGGCGGAUGCCAAUGCCUAUAUCUGUACUGUGGUCAUGCCGGAUGGAGCUGCUGCCCUCGAGACUGGUGAUCUCUACCCGGAAUACUACAACUCUGCCAUCGGCACGAUCGAGAUCCAGGUCGCCAAGGGCGGUUACCGCCUAGCCAACUGGCUCAACGAGAUCUACGAGCAGAAGAUUAAGAACCACAAGGGAGGGAAAUUUGGCAAAUGGUCCCGAGAUGCAGCCCCUGAGCCCGAGUUUGUCUAUGAGCCUCGUGAGCCUCGUUCAAUGAGUCGCGAAAAUUUGGCCAGAGCUGCUAUGGGAGGAUCAUGUUGUACAUCGGGACGUGAGCAUAGCCAUUGA